CUCAGCUCAACGGGUCGGGGAUCAUCAUCCGUCGUCGACGGCGAUCGGAACCAAAGAGAAAGCCAUGAUUUUUGUCGAUGGCAACCCGUUUCCCGCCACUUCCUCGCGUCAGGGGAAGGAAGUUAUGUUCGGAUUGAUGGAGCAUCCGGCGGUGGUCGCAGCCUCCGAUGCAUUCAAGUCUUUGACGGAGAGGAAAUUCUCGGUUUUGGAGGAUCCUGGAUUGCAGGAUCGUAGAUGGGUUUAUCUCUUCCAGAGAGAAUACGCUACUGUUGACCCUUCGCUUGUGGAUUUCAUUGGAACUGAUGAAGCAACAACUUGUAUAGGUGUUGUCAUCCGAAACCAGAAAAAUGGAAUGAUAUCAGUUACGCAUAUGGAUUCCCCAAAAGUUGUCUCGAUUGGCCUUGAACAAAUGUUGUUACAACUUGCUGCUGACGAUUCUGAUGCUGAGUAUGAUGUCCACAUAGUUGGUGCAUUUGAUGAUGAUACGCCCAAUUAUGCUAGCAGCCCCUCUACAACUAAGCAAUCAUCAAAAUUGGAUGGUUAUUCUCUCCCUUUGUGUACCAAAGUAGUUGAAGCACUAGGAAAGAGGCAGGAGAGGUUUCACAUGAGAACUCUCUUCAUUCUUGGUCAUAAUACAAAGUGGGAUGCACAAAACAUUGCAUAUCCAAUUUUUAACGGACUGCUGGUUGAAACAUCUACAGGGUCUGUUUUUCCAGCCUGCUUUGAUAGAACUACAAGAUGCCCAGAUGAAGUUGUGAGAAGAAUUCGAGUGUCAGCAUCAUACGAGGAUCCGACCUGGAAGGGCAAAUUAUUGGACACAUAUGAUACUCAAACUGAUCAGUUUGUGAUUGCUCCGUGUUCUUGGAGCUUUUACCAACUCAAUGUUGCCUUUGCUCUACAAGAUCUGUCUGAUGAAGAGAUCCUUCUUCAGUGCUCCACCUCACCUUCUGCUGAAGGCCCAGAUUUUGUGAAUAACAUGAAAAGGCAGUGGGAGUAUCUAUUCAGACACCCAAAAUGGCAAGAGACAUUCCCCACAAGACAAGCCCGAGUAUUCGUCAGAAGUGCCAAUGGGAGCUGGGAUUUGCUGCCCCUGUCAGACAAGGAUGCUUCUGGUCAUGUUUCUGGUAUAUGAUCAACAAUUCCUUUGAUUUAGCUAUGAGAAUGAGGUUUUACUUGGCCUAAUGGCGCAUAUUUAUUCAUUUCGGAUGCGGUUGAAUGUGAUGUUUUGUAUGGUCAGAAUGUAUUUGAGAGAGUGAUAUUCAUAACAACAUAGAGCAAGUAUAAAGUAUUUGAAAUUUUUUGUCUUUUGUCCUGUUUCGGACACGAUUCCGUGUGUAUCAAGGCAAUGAAUCACAUAAUAGAAU